AUGCAGGCAAGCUUCCAAGCCACAAAUGAGCAUGUGAGUGGUUUAGAGGCUCCAGGAGCCAGUAAAAGCCCUCCACCCCCUAGAAUGUCUGUUGCCCAAGACCCAGAAGAUCUCUGCCUUCUGGCGGGGAUGGUUAGUGAGUUUGAGCCCGGAGUGGCAGCAAAGUCAGCAGCCAAUCAGCCUCAUGUCUGUGGUGCUGCUGUGCUCCUUCCAGAUAGUGUCUCUGAUGUACUCCUUGAUGCAAACAGUUUGGUUUCUCAGGUGCCCCAGAGCUACCUCCAGAGUGCACCUGUUGGGGACAGGCCAGCAUCCCAGGUGCUAGGUGACCUCAUGGUAGCCAGAGGGAGCAGCCUGGGGCCGCAGGAGCCCAAGAUCCCCAAAUAUCAGGAUUCAUGCAAGACUCAAAGCGAGUCGUUUGCCCUUGCUUACAAGAGUGAGAGCAGUAGAAAGCUCAACUCAGAAAAGCAAAAAGAAAGGUUUGAAGAAUUGGAAACCUCCCAACUCACCCUAGUCAGGGGAACAGAAGACACCCUUCACAAGAUCCCCGAAUAUCAGGACUCAUGCAAGACUCAAAGUGAGUUGUUUUCCCUUGCUUACAAGAGUGAGAGCAGUAGAAAGCUCAACUCAGAAAAUUUGGAAACCUGUGUGAACACUUCCCAGGAUCUUUCCUUCCUCAGUCCAUGCGUGCAACAGGAUCUUGGAAAGCAUGUUGCAAGGUGUUGGGUGAAGCACAGGUGGAGCUUACCCCUCAAGGUCCUCAAGCCCAUAAACGUCCUUAAGUUGAAAAAGGCUCAAUCCUCACCCCUUCCACGGAGUGCCUUUCACCCUUCAGCCACCUGUGAAUCUGAGGCCAAAUUCCUGGAAGAACUAUGUCAGGCAGGUCUGAGAAAGAAGGGGACAAGAGAAGAGUCAUUCUCCACACUGACCAGCCAUCUUGCUGCUUCCUCCGCACAUAAGACAAUCCAGAAAGCCAUGCGAGGGGCCCCAUCUAAUAAUGACUGUGGGCCCUCGGCAGCCCCUCUGCCUGGACAGGAGGGCAGGUGGCCUUCUCAGCCCCUCAGAUACAGCCUCAUGGGCAGAACCCAGCAGAGCAGGAACUUAGGAUCUCAGUCUUCCAGGGCUGAGGAGACCAGGGCAGCAGUGCCACAACAUAGAGUCAUCUUGGGAUCCAGUAUGCAGGCAAGCUUCCAAGCCACAAAUGAGCAUGUGCGUGGUUUAGAGGCUCCAGGAGCCAGUAAAAGCCCUCCACCCCCUAGAAUGUGUGUUGCCCGAGAUCCAGAAGAUCUCUGCCUUCUGGCGGGGAUGGUUAGUGAGUUUGAGCCCGGAGUGGCAGCAAAGUCAGAAGUCUAUCAGCCUCGUGUCUGUGGCUCUCCUGUGCUCCUUCCAGAUAGUGUCUCUGAUGUACUCCUUGAUGCAAACAGUUUGGCUUCUCAGGUGCCCCAGAGCUACCUCCAGAGUGCACCUGUUGGGGACAGGCCAGCAUCCCAGGUGCUAGGUGACCUCAUGGCAGCCAGAGGGAGCAGCCUGGGGCCGCAGGAGCCCAAGAUCCCCAAAUAUCAGGACUCAAGCAAGACUCAAAGGGAGAUGAUUGCCCUUGCUUACAAGAGUGAGAGCAGUAGGAAGCUCAACUCAGAAAAGCACAAAGAAAGAUGUGAAGAAUUGGGAACCUCCCAAUUUACCCCGGUCAGGAGAACAGAGGACACUCUUUAUGGUGAACGACACCAGCCCUUGCCAACAAAGAAACGGGUUCCUCCAGAAAACCACUUCAGAAAAACCCUCAGGCGAUUUCUUCAAUGGAUUAGUCCCAAGACAAAAGGCAAGCCAGUAUUAACUGCUGCCCAAAGGCAGGGAACACUGAGAAACAGAUCAUGUGUGGACAGCAACACUGCAGAAGCUCAGGGGUUCAUGACAGCUGUCAGACAGAUGCCGGAGGAGAAAAUAAUGAUUCGCCACAAACUUCAUGUCUUGACGAUCAACCGCUACAAAGGGGAGCUCCACGCCCCUGUUUGUUGUCAGUUUCCUGGCUACCGCAGAGACUGCUGA